AUGGAACAACGCACCCUAAGAAUUGCUUCUCGGCAAAGUCAACUAGCCUUAGUGCAGACACGCUAUAUACAAUCUCUAAUUGGCGGUGAAAUAGUAGGAAUAACUUCAGAAGGAGAUGUAGAAUUGUGGCAGCCUCUAUAUACCAUGCCUGGUGUUGGAGUGUUUGUGAAACAACUAGAAGUAGAAAUUGUGAGUAGGAGAGCUGAUUUAGCCGUUCAUAGCUUAAAAGAUAUGCCGACUCAGCAGCCGCCUGAACUAUAUCUUGCUGCAGUUCCUAGAUUUACAACGCCUCGAGGAGAUGUCGCGAUACUAAAGCCUGGCUUUACAUCAUUAGAAGACCUGCCAGAAGGCAGCAUAGUUGGGACUUCUUCAUUAACUUCCCCCCUUUAGAUUGGAAAAAGAAAUCCUGUUCCAGUUUAAAGGGGUAAUUUUUUUAAAAUAAAAUUAUAUUUCUAUAAAAAUUUUUAAAUUUUAAAGUCUUAAAAAAAUAUAAUGUGUUGGAAAAAUUUCUUAACGGUCAUGAUCGAAUCAAAUGAUACCAUAAAUUUUAAAAAGAAAUAUUAUGUGUUUUAGCGUAGUUUUCUCAUAAUUCUUAAAAAAUUGAGGUUCGCUUUAUCAUGGUUCCCGAUAGCCUGAGAUAGAGUAAUCUACUUUAUGCUUAGCUUUGAUAGCUCAUAUUUUAAUUAAUAGAAAAUAUUCACGCAUAGUCAUUAUUUUAGCAUGUCAAAAUUAUAAUAUGACUUAAAUUCUGAUAUGUACACAAAAAUAUGAUUUUGGACUUUUAAAUUUUUAAAGAAAUAUGGGAAAAUAAAAAUUGCGAAAAUUUAAUAAAGAUGGAUCUGCUUCUUUGAGAUGUGCUCGAAUCCAAUGUGCGGUAAUUGAAGAUCCUUUAAUUCUGAGUUUAAAUUUAAAUUUUUAAAAAAAAACGUAUGAUUAGCAAAAAAGUUCUUACUCCCCCCCCCCCCCCUCCGUGAGCGAACAAAACCAUUAGAAAAAUCGCCAUUUUUUGACCAAAAACCCACCCUCCGUGAGUGAACAAAAAUUUUUUUAAUAGAAAAAAUUUUAAUGGAAAAAAAUUUUGAUAUAUAAGUGAUAAUUAGUAUAAUGAAAUCUAGAGCUAAUUCUGUUUAAUUUUAAACAAAUUGCGUUUUAAAAACAUAAAUUUUGCAAAUUAAAUUAAUAUUUGCUUCCCAAUUUUUGCAAAUUAGGAUUUUUUUAAAUUUCGAAAAAAAUAUUUUUUAUAAAAUUUAUAUAUAAAUUUUUUUAAAAAAAAAAAAUUAACCCCCCUCCGUGAGCGAACAAAAUUUUUUUGUUCGCUCACGGAGGGGGGGGGGGAGUUAAUGUUUUAAUUUUUAAGUAUAUAUAGGCAAAAAUCAAGAUGGUGGAAAAUUUAAUAAAGAUGGAAUUCAUUCUUUUGGAUGUGCUUGAGUCCAAUGUGCGGAAAAUGGAGAUCCUUUAAUUAUAAGUUUAAAUUUAAUUUUUUAAAAAAAUCGUAUGAUUAGCAAAAAAGAUCUUAAUGUUUUAAUUUUUAAGUAUAUAUAGGUAAAAACCAAGAUUGCGGAAAUUUUAAUUAAAAAGGAAAUCAUUUUUUUGAGAUGCGCUCGAGUCCAAUGUGCGGAAAAUGGAGAUCCUUUAAUUAUAAGUUUAAGUUUAAUUUUUAAAAAAAUUCGUAUGAUUAGCAAAAAAAGAUCUUAAUGUUUUAAUUUUUAAAUAUAUGAAGGCAAAAUCAAGAUGGUGGAAAAUUUAAUAAAGAUGGAACUGCUUCUUUGAGAUGUGCUCGAGUCCAAUGUGCGAAAAAUGAAGAUCCUUUAAUUAUAAAUUUAAAUAUAAUUUUUAAAAAAAAAUCGUAUGAUUAGCAAAAAAGUUCUUACUCCCCCCCCCCCUCCGUGAGCGAACAAAACCAUUAGAAAAAUCGCCAUUUUUUGACCAAAACCCACCCUCCGUGAGUGAACAAAAAUUUUUUAAUAGAGAAAAAAUUUUAAUGGAAAAAAAUUUUGAUAUAUAAAUGAUAAUUAGUAUAAUGAAAUCUAGAGCUAAUUCUGUUUAAUUUUAAACAAAUUGCGUUUUAAAACAUAAAUUUUGCAAAUUAAAUUAAUAUUUGCUUCCCAAUUUUUGCAAAUUAGGAUUUUUUUAAAUUCGAAAAAAAAUAUUUUUUAUAAAAUUUAUAUAUAAAUUUUUUUUUAAAAAAAAAAAUUAUUAACCCCCCCUCCGUGAGCGAACAAAAUUUUUUUGUUCGCUCACGGAGGGGGGGGGGGGGAGUUAAUGUUUUAAUUUUUAGAUAUAUGGAGGCAAAAAAUCAAGAUGGUGGAAAAUUAAAAUAAAGAUGGAACUCAUUCUUUGAGAUAUGCUCGAGUCCAAUGUGCGGAAAAUCAAGAUCUUUAAAUAGUAAGCUUAAAUUUAAUUUUUUAAAAAAAUCGUAUGAUUAGCAAAAAAGAUCUUAAUGUUUUAAUUUUUAAAUAUAUAUAGGUAAAAAUCAAGAUGGCAGAAAAUUUUUUUUAAAAAUGGCACUCAUUCUUUGAGAUGUGCUCGAGUCCAAUGUGCGAAAAUAAAGAUCCUUGAACUAUAAGAUUGAAUUUAAUUUUUAAAAAAAAUCGUAUGAUUAGGCAAAAAGUUCUUACUCCCCCCCCCCCUCCGUGAGCGAACAAAACCAUUAGAAAAAUCGCCAUUUUUUGACCAAAAACCCACCCCCUCCGUGAGUGAACAAAAAUUUUUUUAAUAGAAAAAAUUUUAAUGGAAAAAAAAUUUUGAUAUAUAAGUGAUAAUUAGUAUAAUGAAAUCUAGAGCUAAUUCUGUUUAAUUUUAAACAAAUUGCGUUUUAAAACAUAAAUUUUGCAAAUUAAAUUAAUAUUUGCUUCCCAAUUUUUGCAAAUUAGGAUUUUUUUUAAAUUUCGAAAAAAAUAUUUUUUAUAAAAUUUAUAUAUAAAUUUUUUUUAAAAAAAAAAAUUAACCCCCCUCCGUGAGCGAACAAAAUUUUUUUGUUCGCUCACGGAAGGGGGGGGGAGUUUAAUGUUUUAAAUUUUUACCAACAUAUGCAAAAAUCAAGAUGGCGAAAAAAAUUAAUAAAGAUGGAACUGCAUCUUUGCGAUGUGCUCGAGUCCAAUGUGCGGAAAAUGAAGAUCCUUGAACUAUAAGUUUAAUUUUAACUUUUUAGAAAAAUCGUAUGAUUAGGCAAAAAGUUCUUAAUGUUUAAUUUUUUUAAAUACACAUGGUCCAGCACAAAUAGGACCUCGGGACCCCCACCCCAUAUACAUAGCUUUAUGUAGAAUAUUUAAUGGUUUAAGCCCAAGUGAAAGAACUAAAGUUUUAUACUCUAAGAUAUAGCUCAUACCCCUUUAUAGAUUCCUUUAUCGAGCAAAGUGUACUUGACUAUUGAAAGACUAAAACAGACUCUCUCAAAGAGAUGAACUCAAUCUCUAUAUCAGAAAGUUCUAAAAAGUGGCAUGCCAAAAAAAUAGUGGCAAGUAUGAAAAAAGUUGACUUAAGAUAAUUAAUCAUUCAUCUCUUUCGUUAAAUUGAUUUAAUAAAAUAAUAUCUACAUGUAGAUUUGACUAUGGAUUAUCUUUGGAUUUACAUAAGUCAAAAUUCUACUGGAGUUUUUGAUUGAUAUGCUUACUGGAGUUAUAGCACUUGGAGAUCUAUUCAACCGUUUACUAAAGAAGCUCCUCCUUUGCAUUCUCAAUUUAAAAGUUCAGGUGCAAUUUCUUCCAUACUGGACUCCAUCUUUAUAAUCGCUUAAAUUGAAACAAAAUUCAGUUUUAUAAUAAAAAAAUUUUAUAGAUAAAAAUUAUAAUUUUUAUGUAAAAAGUUUCGGUAUAAGUUAAAUGUUUCUUAUUAACUAAAAUUGAAAAUUUAGUUAUAUCUUGCUUUUUUUAAAGAAAAGAGCAUAAAGAGCAUCUUAUUUAAAUAUAUUUAUUAUCUUUAAUUGCUAUAUUUUUAAAAAAAUUUUUCAACAAAAAUAUAAUUUAUUGCAUUUAUUUCUUAUCAUGCAUAUGAUGUCAUUUCAAUUUAUUAUGUGGAAACCAAAUAUACGUUUCCAAAAAGCAGAUUUUAGUGCGCCAAAUUAAUAAUUUAAAUUUCAUAUGAAAAUAGUGCGUAUAACUGCCAUAAGAAAUUAAGCCAAGGGAUUAUAUUUUUUAUUUAAAUAAUUUUGAUAAAAAUUUAAUGCGAAUUCUUUACAAAAAUUGAAAAUUUACUUUAUUUCUUCUUUAUUUUAGCAAAAGAGUAUAAAUAGCCACUUAAUUAAACAAAAUUAACACUUUGAUCGAUAAAUUUUCUAGAAAUUUAUUAAUCUAAUUCGACACAUUUUUUAAUUUUUUUUAUAAGAAUUUUAUAUUGAAUUUUUUAUAUAAACAAUUUUCUUAACCCUUCUUUUAAAUUGGAAAAAAUAUUUGGUUCCAAUUUAAAGGGAGGGAGUUAAAUCAAAAUCCUACUGGAGUUUUUGCACGAUAUGCUUACUGGAGUUAUAACGCUUGGAAAUCUAUACAACCGUUUUACUCGGGAAGUUCCCCGUUUGCAUUUUCACUUUUGACAAUUUCUUUCAUAAUGGACUCCAUCUUUAUAAUCACUUAAGUCAGGAUCCUACUAGAGUUUUUGAUUGAUAUGCUUACUGGAGUUAUAGCACUUGAAGAUCUAUACAACCGUUUACUCGGGAAGUUCCCCAUUUGCAUUUUUAAACUCAUUUCUAUAAAUUUAUCUCAAGCACUUUUUACAUAAACAAAUAAUCAAAAAUAUUAAAUCUUUUAAAAUUUAUAUGUAGCAUUUAUUAUUCUAAUUAUCAUUAAUUAAGGCCUGAAAAAUAAGAUUUUUAGUUAUUAAUCAAUUCCAGUCUAAUUGGGUAUGCUAAGUUUUAAAUUAUUUUAUUAAUAAAGCCAUUUUAAAAAUUUGCGUGUUUGCUUACCAACUUUUUUCAUACUUGCCACUAUUUUUUGGCAUGCCCACUUUUUUAGAACUUUCUGAUAUAGAGAUUGAGUUCAUCUCUUUGAGAGAGUCUGUUUUGGUCUUUCAAUAGUCAAGUACACUUUGCUCGAUAAAGGAAUCUAUACAGGGGUAUGAGCUAUAUAGAGGUUUCCUCUAUAUAGCGCUAAAAGCGCAGACAUUUUCCCAGGAGCUUUCCAAGUUCGUCGGACCAAAUCGCUUUUUUGGUCCGACCAAGGCAUUGAUUUGGUGCAACCUACCGAUAAAUUCCGAUCAGAAUUUAUCGGCCUUACAGCGCCAAACAUAGGAAACUUCUAUAUCUUAGAGUAUAAAACUUUAGUUCCUUCAUUUGGGCUUAAACCAUGAAAUAUUCUACAUAAAGCUAUGUAGGUGGGGGUGGGGGUGGGGGUGGGGGUGGGGUGGGGGUGGGGGUGGGGGUGGGGGUGGGGGUGGGGGUGGGGGUGGGGGUGGGGGUGGUGGGGGGUGGGGUGGGGUGGGGGUGGGGGUGGGGUGGGGGUGGGGGUGGGGGUGGGGGUGGGGGUGGGGGUGGGGGUGGGGGUGGGGGUGGGGUGGGGUGGGGGGUGGGGGUGGGGUGGGGGGGUGGGGGUGGGGGUGGGGGUGGGGGUGGGGGGGGGUGGGGGGGGGGGGGGGGGGUGGGGGUCCCGAGGUCCUAUUUGUGCUUGAGCAUACACAUAUAAAAUUCAAGAUGGCGAAAGUAAUAAUUUUGACAUGUUAAAAUAAUGACUAUGUGUAAAUAUUUUCUACUAAUUAAAAUAUGAGUUAUCAAGAGGCUACAUAAAAAGGUUACCCUAUUUCAGGCUAUCGUGAACCAUGAUAAAGCGAACUUCUAUUUUAUAAGAAUAAUGAUAAACUACGCUAAAACACAUAACAUUUCUUUUUAAAAUUUAUGGUAUCAUUCAAUCCGAUCAUCAUCGUUAAGAAAUUUUUCCAACGCAUUAUAUUAAUUAAGUACAAUAAUUUGAUUUUUAAUUAAUUUUUAUGAGAAAUUAAAUUAAAAUAAUAAUCGAUUCAGUAUAACUCCAUUUUAUUUUUUUUUAAAUUUUUUUUUUUAUAAUUUUUUAAGAAAUAUAGAUUGAGCAGAAUAGUUUGAAAUUUUAAUUUAUUAUUAUUUUGAAGAAUGAUAUAAAAAAUUAAUUGAUUCAAUUUUAAAAUGGUUUAAAUGACAUUCUAUUUGCAUUUUAUCAUUAAAUUAGUUUUUCGUCAUUAAUUUUUUUUAAAAAACAUUUUUUAAAUUUUUAAAAAAUAUCUGCACUUUGAACUUUAAUUUAUUUUUAUGAAGAAAUUAAAUAAAAAAAUUAAUUGAUUCAGUUUAGAACUGUUGUUGAAAUAGCAUUCUACUUCAUUUUGUCUAUUAAACUAUGCUAAUAAAAGAUAUUUUAAAAUUUAAAUUUUUUAAAAAAUAUAAAUUGAGUGAAAUACUAUUAAUUUUAAUUGACUUUUAUGAAGAAUUAAAACAAAAUCGAUUUAGUGUGAGAACUGUUUAAAUAGCAUUCUACUUGCAUUUUGUCUAUUAAAUUAGGUCAAAAUUUAUUUUAUAAAAAAUUUGCAAUUUAAUUGGUAGAAUUUUCCUAUUGAAAAACAGAUUUUGUUUCAACAUAAAGUGGGGUUAAAAUGCCAAAAAAAAAUGAAACUUCAUCGAUGUGUUGCUCCAAUCUAAAAGGAGGAAUAAGAAGAAUUGCAGCCUUAAGGCAUCAGUACAGGCACAAAAACUUCACAUAUUCUGAUAUUAGAGGAAAUCUCAAUACAAGAAUAGCAAAAUUAAACAAAGGGGAUUACGACUGUAUUAUUUUGGCUGAAGCAGGUCUGCAGAGGCUUGGUUGGGACGAUUUAAAUAUUUUUAGGCUUCCAGAAGAUGUAUUUUUGCACGCACCAGCACAAGCAGCACUUGGAAUUGAGUGUAGGUCAGAUGAUGAAGAAUUAAUAGACUAUUUAAAAAGAAUCGAGGAUAGAGAAACAAGACUAAGAGUUGACGCUGAAAGAGAGUUCAUGAAAGACUUGGAAGGAGGGUGCAAACUUCCAAUUGGAGUUUUUACAGAAAUUAUUGGUGAUGAGCUAAGACUUAUAGGACAAGUCUGGCAUCCAAUUGAGAAUUUCACAAUAAGAGAAGGUAACUUUUAAUUAGAAAUUAAAGGCCCACUUUCUCAAGCAAGGGAAUUAGGCAGAGCGCUGUCUGAGAUCAUGAAGGAGAAAGGGGGUGUCGAUCUCUUACAAUCAAUUAGAUUAGCAGUUUAA